CGGACCCUUAUUGCAAUUUAAAACAAAAAUCCAAAAUGUGAAGACCAAAGAACCAGAAAAAAAAUUUUAUGUGGAGUACCUCAAUAAUCCAUCUCUAGAUAAAUAUCCUGCACUAGUAGCAGAACACCUCGAAUUAUAUUUUACAAAAACACAAAAAAAACUGCCGGUAUAUGCAGAAUGGAAAAAGCUAUUUUAUAAUAAACUGUUACUUUAUUUGAAUGUACAUACAUUUAAAUGUACUUCAUCGUUUAAUUUAAUCAAGUGAAUCGAUCAUUUAUUAUAGCAGUAUGUGUAUACGUACAUGAAGCUCGAAAGUGGUAACGAGUAAAAGUCACGUAACAGAAGACAUUUCUACAUAAAAUUAGAAUUGCGGAAUUCUCCCUUAUUUAAAGUAUGUACACCUCAGGAAAGCAUAUGGUGGAUUUAGAAGUAAUUUUUCCAAGAAAAGUGACCCAGGAUGGUAAACUGAUUUCGUACGAUACGACCCACCUUUUUGGAAAUAAUAGCAAUAAGGAUUUACAUUUGCACUUUACUCGAGCAAACAUUCAAUAUCACCUGCACUUAACGCCAGUCCUAGAGUUCAUUAGUCCAAAGUUAAUCAUUGAGAGGCGAAAAAAGGACAUUCACGUUCGACAUCCAAUAAAUUCCAACAAAUGUCACUACCGUGGAUACAUUAGGGGUCAAGCUAAUUCAAGAGUUGCUCUUUCUGCCUGCAAUGGUCUGGCAGGUGUUAUUCAGGAAGAAAGAGGUGAAUUCUGGCUCGAACCAAUAGACAGCAAAUACCAUCAGAAGACUAACAUUGACAUAAAAUCUGCAAAUCCUCUCUCGGAACUUUCUAAACCUCACAUUUUAUAUCGGAGAUCAAGCAUGAGUUCUGCAUCCAGCAAACGUCGACCAAAUAGGAGGAGAAAAAAGAAGAUAUCCGAAACAAAUUGCGGUACCAGUGAACCUCGGGGAUCAGCAAAAGAACAUCUAAAAGAGAGGGAUAAAUCCAGCCUGAGCAGAGUUCAAGGUCGAGGACGAAGAAUGAGAGAAUGGCAACGAGCCAAGAGAUCUAUAAGCAAAGCAAGACAUGUGGAAACUCUUGUUGUCGCCGAUAGCAGCAUGACAGCAUUCCAUCAAGAUGGUGACGUUGAAACAUACCUCCUGACAAUCAUGAAUAUGGUCUCGGCCCUAUAUCUCCAUCCCUCGAUUGGCAACUUUAUCAAUGUCGUUGUAGUCAGGAUUAUCUUAAUAGAAGAAGACGAACUUGAGGAAGGACUAAACGUUUCAAUUAAUGCGGAAAAAACUUUAAUCAACUUUUGCAAAUGGCAAGAGAAAUUGAAGCUUGGCGAUGACACUCACCCAAAUCACCAUGACGUGGCGAUAUUGAUUACCCGAGAAGAUAUAUGCACACGAAGUACUACACCAUGCAGUACUCUUGGCGUAGCUCAUGUAGCAGGUAUGUGUCAAACCAAUCGCAGCUGCAGCGUCAACGAGGACAACGGGAUCACUCUUGCACAUACCAUUGCCCACGAGCUGGGCCACAAUUUUGGUAUGUAUCACGAUACGGAAAAAAUGGGUUGUAAUAAACGCAAUGGCAACACUUUACACGUGAUGACACCGACAUUCGACCCAGACGCUAUGAUCGUAGCUUGGUCCAGAUGUUCCCGAAGAGAUAUCACCAACUUUCUAGAUAAAGGUAAAGGAAAGUGUCUCGAGGAUGAACCUGCAGAUAACGAUUAUGCUUACCCAGACUUACCAGCAGGAGCAAUGUAUAACGCAGAGCAUCAGUGUCGACUUCAAUUCGGAGUCAGAGAAGCGUCAGUGUGCUCGCCAUUGCAAGAGAUUUGCUCCAAACUUUGGUGUGUUGUAAACGGAACCUGCACAUCAAUGUUGCAUCCUGCAGCACCUGGUACACAUUGCGGCAAACAUAUGUGGUGUGAAAAUCAGGAAUGCGUCCCAAUGAUGGAAAAACCAAUUGAAGUGGAUGGAGGAUGGGGUGAAUGGGGUCCAUGGAGCGAGUGUUCUAGAAGUUGUGGAGGCGGCGUAUCCAUAAUGGAAAGAGAAUGCGAUCAUCCUCCACCUGCUAAUGGAGGACAAUUUUGUCUUGAUGAGAGACGUCGUUACAAAAUUUGCAAUGUGGAAUCCUGUCCCGAGGACGCUCCGAGUUUUCGUAAUUUUCAAUGCAACAGUUACAACGAAAAGGAGUACAAGAAUAAAAACUACACAUGGUUGCCCUACUUUGAUAAAUCGGAACCUUGCGAGCUUUACUGCACUGACACGGACGAAGAAAUUAUUGUACCGUUGGGGGAGGCUUUCGAUGGAACACCUUGUAACCUGGGAUCGAGAGACAUGUGCAUCGCCGGACUUUGCAGAAAGGUUGGAUGCGAUUGGAAGGUAGACUCGAAUGCAAUGGAAGAUCGCUGUGGAAUUUGUCAUGGCGAUGGAACUCAGUGUGAAACUAUCAGUGGGUCCUAUGACAAUAAUGAAGGAGUUGGUUAUAAGGAGAUAAUCGUCAUUCCCGCAGGAUCGAGAAAUGUAAAAAUUGAAGAAGUGGGAGAGAAUAAAAAUUACAUUAGCAUUGGAGUUCCUAAUUCAGAAAAAUAUUUUCUCAACGGUCAAAGACAAAUCACUUUACCAGGAGAGUAUUUGAUAACUGGUACGUAUGGACACUAUGAACGUGAGGAAGAUAUGGAAAAGGUUACAAUUCCAGGACCUAUUAGAGAGGAUAUUGCUGUCUAUAUAAUUUACAGAGGAACCUUUCUCAAUUUUAGCCUGAAGUAUGAAUACACUGUACCUAAAAAUGAAAUCAACUACGUUCCCUAUUACUCCUGGGUUUUUUCUGACUGGUCCCUAUGUACAGCAACCUGUGGUGGUGGUCUUCAAACUUCAUAUGCAUUUUGCGAGGAAGUUAAAAGUGGAAUUGUCGGCGAUCAAUUUUGCAACAAAACAGAGAAACCUGAGUCUAUCGAUCGAGAAUGUAACUCCAACUUAUGUCCUGCGAGAUGGUGGGUUGGACCAUGGCAGAUAUGUCCAAUAACAUGCGGAGAAGGUGCUUCAAGAAAAAGAUCCGUCAUGUGCGUUACUCCUGGCAAUUUCGAUGAUACCAAUAACAGUAUAACCCUAGCCUUGCCCGAUGAAGAUUGUGAUAAAAAGACAAGACCAGAAGAAGUCGAACCAUGUCCUAAUUUGCCACCCUGUGGUGGGAACUCUGAAGUUCCUUUUAUAAUAAAUUCAAUAUUUACAGAAACAGUUUCUGACAAUGUUACUCCUAGUGAGCAUUUUGACACUACAGACAUUGAUACAAUCACUUCCGAAAAGCCAGAUAUUCUCGAAUUUAGCAGUACAUUUACAUUACCGGUGAGACAGAAUGACUUUGUUUAGCGAAAACAAAGAAUGCAGUAGAUUUCCCUCAAAUUGUUCUCGGGUUAGCCAAAGUGAAUGGUCCGUAGUUAAGGUGUAGAUGUAAAUUAGAUUGAACACCCCUCAGCCUUGGAGUGACCUAAAUAAUUAUUUGACGUUGAUUUUGAGGUAAUGCAGUCCUUAGAAAAACAGAAAUGUGCCUCGUAGUAGAAAUUAUCUCCUUGAAUGAAUUUGACUAAGUCGAAGAAGAAACCUGAAGCACGAAAAAAAUACAAGGAGCCAGGACUAUAAUCUUAUACUUUUUAUCAAAGGUGUUACUAUUAAAGCAAGUUUUGAAAAAAAUAAAAAUUUUAAUUCUUUGUUAAAAUAAAAAAGUUAACGGAAACUUAUAUAUGUACACGCAUACAUGAUUCUAAUUAUCGAUUUUCUACUAAAGAAAAUUUAUAUAUAGAAAACUAUUAAAGAUGACCUUCACUACUGAAAAUUCUAAAUUCAAAAAAAAAACAAAAAGGUCUUAUAGCGAAUAAUUAAACUUUUUUACUUCAAAAAGGUUCAUUAAUAUGUCUACUUUAAAAAGUUUUACUGAUAAAUCUGACCAAGAGCAGGAAUAAUAUUGAUUAUUAUCACAAUAUGA